CACAGAGUGGAAGCUAUGGCAAUGAUCAGAGUGCUAGCAAACCUUCUGAUACUACAGCUUUCUUACAGUAAGAGCCUGGACAAUGGAACAAAAGAGUCUGCAUAUGAUGAUGAAAUCCAACGAAGCAUCAGUACGGUAAACACCACUCUCAAAGAAACAUACGCUGUUGAACUGAUCAUGGGAGGUUCUGAAUGUUACAAAAGCAAACAUCCUUUCCUUGUAUACUUGUAUAACUCUGCCGGGUUAUUCUGCUCAGGGACCUUGCUCAACCACGAAUGGGUGCUCACCGCUGCACACUGCAACAGGGACGAUAUCCAGAUAAGGCUUGGUGUGCAUAAUGUACAUGUACACUUUGAGGAUGAGCAGAUAAGAGUCCCGAAGGAGAAGUUGUGUUGCCUCAGUACGAAGAACUGUACCCAAUGGAGCCAAGAUAUCAUGUUGAUCAGGCUGAACAGUUCUGUUAACUAUAGUGAACACAUUGCGCCUCUUAGAUUGCCCUCCAGCCCUCCCAGUAUGGGCUCAAUUUGCAGUGUUAUGGGCUGGGGCACAACCACAUCUCCUCAAGUGACUUAUCCCGAAGUCCCUCAUUGUGUUGACAUUAAUAUACUCCAUAAUCCAGUGUGUCAAGCAGCUUACCCAGCAAUGUCAGGGAAGAACACAUUGUGUGCAGGUAUCCUGGAAGGAGGCAAAGAUUCAUGUAAGGGUGAUUCUGGGGGACCCCUCAUCUGUAAUGAACAAAUCCAAGGCAUUGUAUCUUGGGGGCGCUUUCCUUGUGCCCAACUUCUUGAACCGGGCGUCUACACCAAGGUCUUCGAUUAUAUUGGCUGGAUCGAGGGUAUUAUUGCAGGAAAUACAAGCGUAAUCUGCCCCUAGUGACAAUUUUUGAAAAAGAUAAAAAGGAGAAAAUGUAAUGUAUUGGCAUAUCUCUUCUAUAUUCCCCAAUCUUAUCCAACUACUUUGGAAUAUAUUCCCAGGCGGUAAGCAUUUUUGAGACUCAAUGAGACUGCCUUUGGAGUAAGAAAUACUCAAAAUAGUGCUGCAGGGAUUAUGUCCCAGUUCAAUCUCAAUAUACAAUAAACUCAAUAAGAUGGAGGCCUGUUUUAGGGUGAGGUGCAAAAUGUUGACUCUAAAAUGGACCGUUCCAAAUAUUUUAACCUCUUAAUAUAUUUCAAUUUCUGUCCACU